AUGGGAUGGCAGGGUGGCUUUAGUGGCAAAACGAGGAAGCCAACAAUUGUUCUUGAAGCAGUGGCAGCUCAAAAUGAUCUUACUGUUCUGGGACGUUCUCCACUAUUUGAUGUUGUUGCUGCAAGUGAGUCACUACAAUUGAAUUAUUAUGUCAAUGAUACUCCUUAUGAGUUUGGUUACUACCUUGCUGAUGGUAUCUACCCAAAUUGGGCGACGCUGGUACAAUCCAUAAAACAACCUGAAAAUGAGCAAAAGGAGUAUUUUUCCACAAAACAAGAUGCAUAUCGCAAAGAUGUGGAAAUAGCAUUUGGAAUUUUACAAGCACGAUUUGCAAUUGUUUGGCAACCUGCAAGAGGUUGGGAUAAAGAUUCAUUAUUGACAAUUAUGUUGGCUUGCAUCAUACUUCAUAACAUAAUUGUGGAGGAUGAGCGAGAUGACUAG